GGUAAAAAUCGCCACAAAACCCGACAUUUUUGAAAGUUGUAGGUGCCCUGUCAGCCGAACACGAGCAGGUUGUGAUUACAUUGCGCUCUAUGAGAAAAAUCUUCUCUCGGCCCAUGGGAUUUUUUCGACUGUAGAACCACUGAGUGGCCACUACGUCAACUCGAGGCAGCUACAAGCUAGCAAUACUGUAUCCAGUUAUUUUAAUAGAUCCAUGUAUUUUUCUCAGAAAAUAAGACUCUACAUUUUUAUAAACCAAGCCCCCGCACAAUUUCCACUUUUCAAAGUUCCCACCCGGAACCAAAAUAAGCCGGAUGAAGUCCGUCGGAGCGCUUUUGGCAGACACCACCCAGAAAACGCCGCUGCAGUUGGUCCGAGCCGCUCGCCGCCAUCGAGCGACAAGAUCCACCGACAGAAUGGGGUUCACAUGUGACCAGUGUGGAAAGGUGUGGCCAAAUGCUUCCAAACUGAAAUGUCACUACAGAAUUCACACAGGAGAAAGACCAUAUAGCUGUGACCAGUGUGGGAAGGGAUUUAAAAACAUCGGUGGCCUCCAUGAACAUAUGAGAAUUCACACAGGAGAGAAACCAUUUGAAUGUGACCAAUGUGGAAAGGCGUUUACACUAUCUAAUAAUCUCCGUCAACAUAUGAGAAUCCACACAGGGGAAAAACCGUACAGAUGUGAUUUUUGUUGUAAAGAAUUUAGACAUUCCAGUGUCUUCUAUCGACAUAAGAGAACUCACACCGGAGAAAGACCAUACAGCUGUGAUGUUUGUGGGAAGGGAUUUAUAUACUCUGGUGGCCUCCAUCGACAUAUGAGAACUCACACAGGAGAGAAACCAUACAGCUGUGACCAGUGUGGACAGGAAUAUACAAGCCCCUGUGUCCUCCGUCAACAUAUGAGAAUCCACACAGGAGAGAAACCAUUUGAAUGUGACCAGUGUGAGAAGAAAUUUAUAGACUGUGGUAAUCUCCAUCAGCAUAUGAGAAUUCACACUGGGGAAAAAAAGUACAGAUGUGAUGUUUGUGAAAAGAAAUUUUCACAGUCAACCAACUUUAAAUCACAUAUGAGAACUCACACAGGAGAGAAACCGUUUCAAUGUGACCAGUGUGGGAAGGCAUUUAUACAAUCUGGUAAUCUCCGUAAACAUAUGAGAAUCCACACUGGGGAAAAACCGUACAGAUGUGAUGUUUGUGAAAAGAGAUUUUCAGAGUCAAGCCACCUCAUACCACAUAUGAGAAUCCACACUGGAGAGAGGCCAUACGAGUGUGACCAUUGUGGGAAAAGGUUCUUUACAUCAUCCAAUCUCAAAUCACACAUGAGAACUCACUCCUGGGUCAUAGUAUAUGAGUGUGACCAGUGUGAAAAGGCUUUUAAAACAUCCCAGCAACUCUCCAGUCACUACAGAACACACACUGAGGAGACGAACCAGACGACUGAAGAAAGGGGAAGGCUUUCAGGUCUGUGAGGAACAUGUCUAAAUCUUCCAGACUGAAGAGAAAAGCUGCAGCUGUGACUAGUGUGAAAGGACUUUGAGGAAACCUGCUCAUCUGAAGCUGCACCCUCUUGAACACACUAAAGGAUAAAAAGCUGCUGAGGCUGGAUCAAUUGAGCUUAAAUUCAGACUCAAAAAGCUGGAGACUGGGUUUCAGAGACUCCAGACUGUGGAGCUGAGCUCUGUGUAGUGUCAUAAAUUAAAAGCUUAAAAUGAUAUGUCAAGAUUUUAUUUCUUUUUUAUGAAAAAGUCGGGCAGUCAUGGGGUGUUAAAAGUCUUAAAAAGGUCUUGAAUUUCAUGUUCCUAAAUUAAGUCCUUAAAAAGUCUUAAAUUAUGUUUAUUUUUUUCACAAAGGUCUUUAAUUUCAUUAGAUUGUUUUUUGUAUAUUCACCCAGGCUGGUCAGUGGAGGCAGGAAAAAAAAACAACAACAUGAAAUCAUGUAACGUAAAUGAACGUCUAAUUUGGAGUAUGCGCAAACAAUACUUAGGUUUCUGGCACCAGCGGCAAUGAGUAAACCAUCAUUAGAGUUUAGGAAGACGUUGGAUGGAUCAUGGGGAAAUGCAGGUUUAAUCCACAGUGGCUUUUAGAUUCGAGAUAUAGUAGUUGGUUGGUCAUUAUUAGAAUUGGAUCUGGAGUUUUUCGCCUGCAUAAUGGGUGCAAUAUUGGUCUUAAUUUUUGUUUAAUUGGUCUUAAAAUGGUCUUUACUCUAAAUUUAAGACUUUUUUAGUCAAACCUGAGGAUACCCUGGAAGGACGUUUUAGCAGAAGUUUGUCCAUCUUAUUCUUCACUGUUUACAAUGAAGAAUAAGAUGGACAAACUUCAGCUCAGAGGUGGUCCCUCUGUUUAAGAAGUAUAUUUUUCACAGAGGAAAGAGGUUUUGAGAUAUCUGAUGAAAAAUUGAUUGAGACUUUUAAGUUGAGAUGUGACAGGUAAAGAAAAAGGGAAACUCAAGCUGCUGCAGUUUUUUUCUGAAAUAAAACCCUUUGUUUUAAGAUGCACAAUUCAGCUAUUGUAUUUAUUUUCUGUAACUCAUUUUAAACUGCAGCCCUGUAUAUAAUGUAGACCUACUGUGUGUUUGUGUUAAAAAUACAUUUUGUUGAAAUGUU